AUGAACAAUUUAGGCUCUUUGCAACAGCCGACCGGAUUGGGACAACAUCAAAUGCCUAGGCAACAACAACCAUUUCAACAAUCAACAGGCCCAGGAGCCCUUGCAGCUAAUGAUCGACCCAUCAUCAACCAGAACAAUAUCGAGGAUGAUUCCGAUAGUGAGAGCAAGCCUGAAAAACGAUCAGGUAGACGCAAGAUCAAGAUCGAGUUUAUCGAAGACAAAUCGAGACGGCAUAUUACCUUUUCUAAGCGCAAAGCAGGCAUCAUGAAAAAGGCUUAUGAGUUAAGCACGUUAACUGGGACCCAGGUUUUGCUACUUGUCGUAUCGGAAACAGGCCUCGUGUACACUUUUACUACCCCCAAGCUUCAACCACUCGUUACUAAGCCAGAGGGCAAGAACCUCAUUCAAGCAUGUCUUAAUGCACCUGAUCCAGUAGCUGAAGGACCUUCUUCAUCCCCUCAGUCGGUUCAUUCGAACCACACGACACAAAGUAACACAGGGGCAACAAACGCCGCCGUGGGUAAAUCGGUGCACGGGAAUCCUUAUCCACAAGAUGCAACACCGGGAGAUAUUUACGGACAAGCUGACCGAAAGCCCAGACCUGCUCCAUAUGGUAGCGUACCAAUGACAAGUUAUCCUGGAUAUGACACAGCAUACCAACAAGCAACAUCACAGCCUACCUAUAAUGGGACACCCACAGGAUAUGCACAUCACCCACCACAGCCCAACUAUUAUGGCUCAAAUCAUCCCUAUAUGCCAUCACCUACACAACAGCAACCCUACUGGCCCCAGAAAAAGUAG